AUGGAGUUGAUAUGCUUUUUGGCAGUUGAUCCUGAUGCUGUUGCUGACUCUGUCACUGAUGUAGUUUUUAAGGGAAUUGAACUUUUAUUUCUUUCUCUGCAGCGCCCAUUAGUGGCAAGUCCAAAUCCUGGUUCUCUUGCAAAACGGCAUCACGUCGAAAGCACAACAACAACAAGCCCGGUGAAUAACCCAAACAAAAGCAAACUCAAAAAAAACUACAACUCGGCCUCUACAACCUUCGAAACAUUCAUUGCUAGGGCAAAGUCCGAGCAUAUUGGUAAAAUUAGUAAGAGACUUGCUCGCCUCGCUUUGGGUAUAUGUGUGUUCUUGUCCCUUGCUUUCUGA